CGCCCCUUCACUGCCUGCUUGCACGUCGCGCAAAAAAACAGCAGCGGCGGCCGUUGGGGAAAGAGAGUAAAUAGAGAGAGAAGCCUCAAGAUGGCUGACUCGCAGGGCUCCGCUCACCUCACAGGAGCUGCUGCUGCUGCUGCUACUGCGGUAGCCCCGGCGGUCACCUCCGCCAAAAGCCCGCUCGUCAAGCCGACCGAGGCGAAGGGAGCCCCUGACAACCGCUCACAGUCUUCCCGGGAUUUUAACCCGCCGCCGCCGCCGCCCAAGAAGGUCCGAGUCGAGGAGAGGAGCGUUAAACCCAAGAAACUCAGCAGGGAAGGAGGAGUGGGAGGCAACGGUAGCGGCGGCAAAGAGAAACUCCAACAGCCAGCGAAGCAGCAGAGUUAUGGCAACAGCACGGGAUUGUGGAGCCUCAGCCCGGUUAAGACGAGCGGCAACAACAACCCUCCGGUGCCUGCUACCGGUGGAUCCCAACCACCGACAAACACACACAAAGUAUUCAAACAGAGCGAUUUCUUCCUCCACAAAGCGCCUUCCUCCGCCAAACCCAAGAAACCGAAUAAAGAUAAACAGCGGGAGAAAGAGAAGGAGAAGGGGAAAGGAGGCGGAGAAGAGAAAAAGAAACAUAAACUGUUGGUGACCUCCGGACUUGGGAGUACUGUUACUAACAACAACAACAACAGCAACGAUAUCAGCAGAUUUAAUAACUCUUCUGCGGUGAAGAGAGAAAACGGGGAGGUCAUGUUGCCACCCAAAGAGCACUCCAACAAGGACAAGGCGAAAGAGAGAGACAGAGAGGAGAGGGAGAAGAAGAAGGUCAAAGACAGAGAGAGGGAAAAGGAGAAGAAGAAGCACAAAGUGGUAAAUGAGAUCAAGAGGGAGAACGGAGAAGUCAAGCAGCCCAUUAAAGAUGAAAAAGAGAAAGCCAAGAUCAACUCAGAGGAGCUGCAGAUCAAAAAAGUGAAAAAGAAAAAGAAGAAGAAACACAAAGAGGGGGAGAAGCACAAACGAGUGAAGAUGUACCACCGCUCCUGCCAAACCUCGUGUGCCGGCCUCCUUCUCAUUCCUCCAUCCUCUCCAACCACUACCACUUCUCCUCCAUCCUCCAACUCCCCUCUGUCUCCAUUUAAGUCCCCACUACCCGUUUACCCUCCACCUAACAACAAAACCGCACACCUCCUGCCUUCCUCCCCGCCCCUUGCCUCCAAACCUCUCAUAAACUCCUCUCUCAACAACUCUCCGUCGUCCUCCAUCAAGACGCCUCAACCCUUCCCGACCAAACACCAGCCGCAGUGCACAUAUCCUGGUACGGCAGGUCUGGAGUUUGCCCAGUACAUCCACAUAGAGGAGCAGCCUAACGGAGGGGCCCUGGUGGCCCACGCCUACACAUCCCAGCUCUCCUCUCUCUCCAUGGGCCAGAGGCAGAGAUUCGCCCAGGAGUUUGUCACCCUCGCUUUCAGUGAGGACUCAUCCCAGGCAGCUCACUACGUCAUGGGAAUUGUCCACGGAGAAGCAAGCUACCUGCCCGACUUCUUGGACUACUUCUCGACCAAGUUCCCCUCAGCUCCAGUCAAAAUGGAAAUACUGGGAAAGAAGGACAUAGAAACCACCACUAUGGCUAAUUUCUACUCUCAGGUGAAGAAAACGUACAGCAAUGGUACAUACAGAGCCGGAGCAAUGAGACAGAUCAGCUUGGUGGGAGCCGUGGAUGAGGAGGUCGGGGAUUAUUUCCCAGAAUUCCUCGGCAUGCUGGAGGAGUCAACCUUCCUGAAGCGGACUCUCCCAUGGGGAACGUUCUCCAGCCUGAGGCUGAUGAAUCCCACAGAGAGCGACGACGGUCCUAUAAUGUGGGUCAGACCAGGAGAACAGAUGAUACCUGUAGCUGAUAUACCAAAGUCACCUUUUAAAAGAAAGCGCUCCACCAAUGAGGUAAAGAACCUGCUGCAGUCGCUACCCAGGGCCAGCGAGCCCAGAGAGAUGCUGUUUGAGGACCGGACUCGGGCCCAUGCUGAUCACAUCGGUCAGGGCUUCGAACGUCAAACCACGGCAGCCGUGGGGGUGCUGAAGGCUGUAGGGGCAGGAGGAGAAAGCUCAGAGCCUCCUCGUGUAACCAAAGACGUCGUGUGUUUCCACGCUGGUGAUUUCCCUCAUGUAGUUCAGAGGCUGCAGUUGGAUCUACACGAACCUCCGCUGUCUCAGUGUGUGCAGUGGGUGGACGAUGCCAAACUAAACCAGCUGCGUCGCGAGGGCAUCCGCUACGCCCGCAUCCGCCUCUGCCACGAUGACAUCUAUUUCAUCCCUCGCAACGUGGUCCACCAGUUCAAGACCGUUUCGUCCGUCUGCAGCCUGGCAUGGCACAUCCGCUUAAAACAAUACCAUCAGGGAGAGGGGAAAGAGGAGGAGGAGCAGGAGGAGGAGGAGGAGGAGGUGAAGGAAGAAGAGGAAGAGGUUGAGUUAAAGGAGAAAGAGGAAGAAACAGUGCUGGAAAAAGAGGAAGAAGAGGAGAGGAGGAGAGAAAAGAAGGAAGUCAAGGAAAGGAUAAAAGAGGAGGCCGAGGAGGUUGAUGUGGCAGGAAACAGGACGUUGCCGGCUGUAAAAAAGGAGGAACCACAUCCACCUCUCUCGUCUCAGCCUGCUCCCUCAGCGGACUCUAAUGUGAGCAGUGCUAGAGACAAAGAGGAGGAGACAGCAGGAGGGAAACCCAAACAGCAGGUUUCACCACCUGCAAAGGUGAAAGCAGAACUUUCAGCACCUCCUCUGUGCAAGACUAAAUCCCCUUCACCUCUCCCCCCCGCCCCCGCCUCUCAUCCUCCUCACCAGGACACAAAACCCAAAGCGGUGUCAUCAAAGCAUCAUCAUCAUCACCACCACCAUUACCAUUAUUCGAACGCCAGAACAACACCUUCCAGUACAAGUUCCCCCUCUUCAGCUCCUAAAUCUCCCAUCUCAAAGUCUUCCUCUCCUUUGUCGCCCGCAGCUCUGCGCUCCUCUUUUGCUGCUCCCAAUCCAUCUCCUAUCUCUUCUCUAUCUUCCUCUGUCUCGACCUCCGCUACAUCUUCCCUGACCAGUCCCAAACGUGCAGCUGACUCUUUCUCCACACUCCCACCACCUCCUCCUGCCGUGUCUUCAGCGUCCCAGCUGCCUUCCUCUUCUAAGUCAGACCAACCGAGAGACUCCCAUCGGCUAAAGCCAGACGUCCCUUCGGAUAUUCUGGUGUCAUGCGGGUUACCCGCCACGGACGUUCAAACACACACCUCUGCGAGCUCACAAGCCGACACACGGACACACACAGUGGCUCGAAUGCCGACAGACUCGUGGACGCACCAGGACAAAUGGACUCGUGUUGCAGACUCCAGGACGUCUAUGGAGCCACAGACACAUCCGCCGCCAGACACCGGGAGGCCAGGGAUGUACAUGCAGCAAUACACACCCCAGCAUCUCCCUCCACCUCCUCCUCCUCCUCCUCACCACCACCACCCUCACAUGCUUCCGCCGUCUUUCCCACCUCUCCUGCCACACUCCCAUCUUCCUCACAGGCCUCCGAUCCUCCCCCCGAGUUCGCCUCUCCCCGCACAGGCCCAGACUCUGAACUCUUAUCUCAGUCAGAAAGCGCCGCCGCAUUCGAUUCACAUAAGCCAGCUUCACCUGCAUCCGCCGCACCAACCGAACAUCACCACGCAGUCUCAGCCGUAUUACCAGCCUCCUCUAAUGGGCUGCCCGUCGCAACCGAACACUCCCCACAGCAGCUCCCAGUCUCUCCCUCCUCACCUGUCUCACCAUCACCAGUACAUGAACCCGCACGCCAAAACCUUCUACCCCUCACAGCACCCCCACUUCCCCUCUCACCACUUCCUGCCUCCUCAGUCUUUCCUCUCUCAACCGCCCGGCUCUUACCCGCUACAACCGCAAUACCAACCCUCAGCGCCACCUUUCCCUCAUCCCCCGCCUCCCCCUUCCUCUUCGCCGCCUCCUCUACCACCUCCGCCUCCACCUCAGCCUUCUCCCUCUGUCCACUCCCCUUCCCCACAGCAUGAGGAGGAGCAUAAACAGAUUUUAUAGUAAGUUUUUUUUUGUACAUAAGGAUGCUGUUUUUAAAUGACUGUAAAUGUACAAGGGUUUAUUUUGGUUGUGUUGUUGUAAAACGAUGUAAAAAAAAAAAAAAAAGGAAAUAAGGAGGAAGAUGGUUUGAACACAGUAGUUUAUAAAGCAGAGUCGGACUUUAGUCACCCCCAGACCUCUUGACUGGACUUGUUUAGGUUGUACUGAUGCUUUGGUUGUGCUUGGGUUCAAAAACGUUGAAGAAAUGAUUGCGUUUAUCGGUCGUAUUACUUUUUCCAAUUUUGUCUUUUUUUAAUUCAGGCUCGAGGUUGUCUGAGAAAACUGCUGUCUGGUUCUGUUUUUAUUUUAUUUUUAAAUGAGCAUAACCUUGAAAUAUCAGAAUAUCAGAGGUAGGAAGGAGAAAAAAAAGGGUUCUGCAGACUUUGUGUCAGAUAUUUAUAUAAAAAAAGGUCAGGACGACGACCUUUUUGUGAAACUUGCAGCUAAUGCUUCCAUUUUGUGGCUUUUUUUUCUAGUGUAUUCUUUGUGCCCAGGACUGUUUAUGUAAAAAAUGAUGGGUCAAACCUCGAUAUUAUACAAUACUUUAAUGUAUUGACGUAAUAUUGCUACAUUUUCUUUAUCAUAUCGUAUUGAUACAUCUUAAUUAAUACAGUCUAUUGCAGUACUAUUCCCUAAUAUUGUAUUUUGAGCAAUACUGCUCUGCAAUAAUCUGCUGAAUUUAAAUGCAAAUGCAUUUUCCAUCAUGGCAUGGUGACAAAAAGUCCGUAUUUUUAUUCUGAUUCAAAGUUACUGAUAAAAAGCCAGUAACGUCCUGUUGACUCCUGUUCACUGAGACGUAAUUAACAGGCAUCUGAAGUGAUUUUUCUAACGAGUUCCAGUGUUCAAGAAUAAUAUGAGUGCAGUUUUUAGUGCCACUAGACAAAAGAAACCCCUGUGUCAUAAUCAGUAAUAGUACAACGAUUAGAAUAAAAAGUAAAGAGUCACAAUUUAAAGGAGUGCUUUGGCAUUUUGGGAAAUGAGUCAUAACAUAUUAUUAUAUCUGAAGUGUAAACAUAAAGCUGGAUCUGGAUCUAACCUAAGCUAACCCACUGCUGCGGCCGGCUUCGUGUCAGAAUGGUAAAACACUUAUCCCAAAAUGUCGGACUACUCCUUUAAAGCAUCACGAUUAUCUUGUACCUGUAGCCCUCAACGUCUGUGGCGGAGCUCUUAGUGUAAUUUCGCUGCGUUGGAUGUGCACCAGUGUCCUAAUUUUGGAAACCGAGCACUUGCUGGUCAGCCAAGGACGAAUUCGACCCAGCCAAGGCUGCUGCUGCACAGACGGGCCUUCAGAGUCUCAGGAAAACAAAACACAAAUAUUUUAGUCUCCGAAAAAAAACAAAAUAUUUGUUACCUUUUAGGCUUUAUGGUACUUGUUCAGGGUCAUUGAAUUAACAUUAUAUUAGUACCUAUGCAGCUACAUUAAGAGCUCGCCAUGAGUUAACUUUAGAUCUCACAGCAUCUGGAUACGAACAGAUCGAGCAGAGCAAUAUCAAGACUUUCCAAACGUGACUCAUUACAGCACUUUGAAACAUGGAGAUAUCAAGCAGCUAAUGUUAUAGAAGAUACUUCAUGAACGGCAGAUUAUCUCAGAUUACCAACAAUGUCAGGUUCUUCCAAGGUGAUUAAACAUUCAGGCCUGAGCACUUCUUUUUAUUUGUAUUCUUUACAGUUAGUGCUCAAAGACAAACAGAAGGUACACUGUUGAGAGUUCAUUCCCAAAGCACUAUUUAUCUUUUUACCUGAAGUCCAGUUUCUCUACAGUGUGGAGCAUCCUUGUCUGUUAAAAUGUUUUAUUUAUCAACCAGGGACUGGAGUGACCUCUUGUGUUUUUAAAAAGUACAAUAAAUUAUUAACAAUGAAGAGUAUAUGUUUCUCCAAAUGGCGAAUUAUCUGAUUUCAGAGUCAAACUCUUUCUGCCUCAGAGCUCGUCCCACACCUGUGGGACUUUGAUGUUGAGAAAAUUGAUGUCUUGAUUUUUAACGUCAAAUAUUUGGAGUACAGCCCACUUGCUAAUGUAGCCCACAACGUUUCCCCAGUGCCUGUCCUUAACUGUGAACUACUAAAUGGUCCAGAGCCAUCCAGAGAAUGAGUUCUGUCCUUUUUCACGGGAGUUUUUAGGAGUUACAUUUUAAAUUUUUACUGAAAAUGAAAAUGCCUUAAAUUGGUAUAUAAAAGCCGCUGUAAACUCCAAAUAUCCGCGGCGCAAGUUGGGAUGAGCCAAACUUCAGCAGCUCAGCGGAUCCCCAAAAAGCAGGCUUGUGUUUUUUUUUUUUUUUUAUGAUUAGUCUCACCGACGGGCUGGAAAAUCUUUAAAAACAUUAAAACAUAAAACUCUCUUCAGGACUUUAUUUCAGAGACAGAACUCUUCACUUUGUGGCUUUGGGGAGAGCAAGGUGAUAAUGAAGCACUUGAUGCCAGUUACAAGGCGCUCUGCAGCUCUUUUUAUGCUUUUGGUUUCAGAUGUUACACACGAAAAAAAAACCCUGACAGGAACUUAUAUAUAUUUUUUGUACAAAUGUGACAAAAUUAUGGUUGAAAACAAAACAAGUCUUCAGGGGCUAGUGUUGUUUUCACAGAGUUUAUUUAUCUCAAGGUUUUCGGUUUGUUUGUUUUCUAUUUUGUUUCUGUGAUUUUUAACUGUCAGCACUGUAGUGUACAUAAGAAGUUUUGUAAAGAGGAAAAAAAACUUGUAGUGUGGUUUCUACUUUAAAUAUGAGCCUAGCUAAUAAAAGGUUCAAUGUAUGGAAAA